UGGACGGAAGCUCACGUGGCCCACUGGUUGCAGUGGGCUGCGAAGGAGUUCUCGCUAGACUGCAUACCCCUGAACCAGUUCCGGAUGAAAGGAAAGGACAUUUGCGCGAUGGGCAAAGACGCUUUCUCGGCAAGGGCGCCCGCGUUCGUAGGUGACAUCUUGUGGGAGCAUCUGGAACUGCUGCAGAAAGAUGUAGAAAAGGAGCGGGCUCUGAGCACGACAACGCUCUCGAACAAUAUGUACGAACAAAUAUGCGUGCCUGAACUGGACCCCUUCAUCGACUACACGCAAGCUCAUUCUGUACUUUCCUCUGAAGACAGGAAGCCAUUAGCGACUAACCCUUCACCGACCAAUAACAAUUUUCUACAUGAAGGUAAGUGCAGUAGUUAUGCAUACACCAUCAAGCUCUUCCUGGACCGACUGAUAUUUCAGGAGCGUUUUGCUUGA